AUGAUGCAUGAGCAAUGUGAUGAAGCGAAAUCGAAGCGUAACCUGAUACCAAAACAGUCUACGCUACAAUACAUAACCAUGACCAGCACUCUGAGCACGACCAAGAACCACCUGGUGAUUCUGCCACCAACCACAAAACCAACAAUUGUGUCGUUGACACACCCUCGAACCAGAAACCUGGCUCGAUUCGUCGUUGACUCCUCCGACCCCAAGCACACUAAGGUAUACGAAAUCACCCAGAUCAACGGCUCCAAUGCGCACUUCGAGGGCACACCUGAUCCCCGAAGCAUCAUUUUACAAGUCGAGGGUGACAAGGGAAGUGUGAUUCAGGAUCCCUCGGUCUUCAUGACCACUCCCUUCUCUCCACUAUGGCUCAUUCUACCCACUCUGGUGCGGCAUAAGGACAAGCUGAUGACUCUGGACGACCUGCACGAGGCAUCGUGCCACGGUGUCGACAGGAUGGACUUAAUCACUCAGGACACGUUUGAUAAGUACAUCCCAGAUGUGUGCGAGGUUAUGGACGAGGGAGAGAAGUUCUACAAGCUGUCCAACGAGAAGUUGCUUGCUCACUUGAAGGCUAUCGUCGCUAGCAUCAAGAAGAGCCUGCCCAACGAUAUUUAUGUGCGACAUGUACAGAACUUGCUCGACUCAGACGCAUCAGACGAGAUCAAGGAUCUCGCCAAAGAGCACAUCUCCAUGAACAUGCUGGGUUCCAACCUACCGCCAGAUGUCACCGAGAUUUUGCUGAAAAGCGUCGAUUUCGAGCCCUACAACAAGCACAAGGCCGAGUAUAAGGCCAAGAGAGAUGCUGAAUCGGCUGCACAGGGUCCUUCCGGUCCCCCUGAGAAGAAGCGGAAGAAAUCUGCACCUGCCAAGGAAGAGAAGGCACCGAAAAAUAACAAGCGACUUACUGCUUUCUUCUCUGUGGUGCCUAAGAAGUAG